AUUUCCUGAAAGCCGUCUGCCCGCCUUUUUCAAGUCGCGCCGGUACUUAUUGCCUUCGCGUCCGUACAACUUGUCACCUGUUGUGGAAGCUCGCGGAGAGUGAGCCUUGUGUGCAGGUCCAUAAUUCACUUCCCUCUUUCGAGCUUUCUUCUUGAGCUCCUUACACCUUUCUACCAUCAUUAUGUCUGAUACAAACAAAGCCUGGGGACGACGCCUCGUCAUCUGCUGCGAUGGCACCUGGCAAACGAGUGUCAGCGACAAGGAGAACAUCCCUUCAAACGUCACGAAGCUUUGCCGUCUGAUCAAGAACUUCGGUACAGACAAGAAGGACCCCAACAAGAAAUGGCACCAGAUCGUCUACUACGACAGCGGAAUCGGGACUGGCAAUCUUAGUGGCGUGGAGUCGGCUCGUCAGGGUGGAACGGGUGCUGGUCUUAUGGAGAACGUCAUCGAGGCGUACAACUUCAUCGUCUCGAACUAUGAGCCUGGCGACGAGAUCUUCUGCUUUGGCUUCUCGCGUGGAGCGUUCACUGCGCGUGCGGUUUCUGGUCUGGUCACGGACAUCGGUAUCGUCAAGCCGCUUGAUAUGCAGUUCUUUCCACGCAUCUAUCGCGCCUACAUGAACUAUGGUUCCCGAGAAGACGUCAACUAUCCUGAAUCUGAACGUGAUCAUCGCGGAGAGAAGAUCACGCAGUCUGAUUUCGACAUCAACUAUGACAAAGAGAAAGGAUUCCGGCAGUCAACGUACUGGGACAAUCUCUUUAAAUUCUCCACUCCCACUUUCAUCGACGGUGUCGGACCAUCAGAUGACAGCCGCAAGAUUAAGGUCGUUGGUGUCUGGGACACUGUCGGAAGUCUGGGCAUGCCCGACUUGGUAGGUGCAAACCUUGGAAGUCUGCGAAAGAAGUUUGGCUUCCACAACACAAAGCUAUCAAGACAUGUCGAUCAUGCAUACCAUGCCCUAGCCCUAGACGAACGUCGACCCGCUUUCCGCCCCACCCUGUGGUAUAUCGACCCGGAGACGAACACCAACUCUGAACUGAAGCAAGUCUGGUUCCCUGGGGCUCACAUCAACUGUGGCGGAGGUUCAGGCGACGGCUUGCUUGACAUGGAAGGGGACAUGGAGAACAUCUCUGUGGCCACAUUUACCUGGAUGCUCCAGUGCGUCGCGCCCUAUCUCGACAUCGAUUCAGACGGGUUCAAUGCAUUCCUGAAGCAAUACCACGACUGGAUCACGAUUCUUCGUAAGGAGUGCACCUAUAUCCACCCAUCACGUCAGAGCAUCUUCACAAAGAUCAAGAACAAGGGUGCUGCCUUCUCCCUGAUCGGUUCAGAACCCGACCCAUUGGCCGAUCCACCAAGGGAAAAGGACCCGCACCAGCACGACUUUGACUUCGGAUGGGGCGUUGGCCCGAUUCUGGAUAGCUACACUCUCUUGUACACUGGUAACGGCAGCCCGCGUGCACGCAAGCCCGGCCACGAAGAGAUGGAGGUGGAAGGCCAAUGGUUGCCCAUCAAGGGCACCCCGACCGGACCCAACCCGAAACCUACCGGAAACAAAACGCAUGAAUACAUCCAUCCAAUUGUGAACUACCGCAAGAUGCUCCUUGGAAAGUGGGAUCUGGACAAGUGGAGCCAGCACCAACACCCACUCGCUGGCUGGAAGCGAGACCUCAGAGUCGAGGCGAACGGUUCCAGUCGCUACUGGUGGUAUGCACCAGGCGGUGAUGACAGGGACCGUCUGCCCGAGUGGUGUGUCCUUCCAGACACGGCAGAGAACAUCAACUACGAGAGAAUAUGGUACAAGGCCACCCAGGGUCUCAAUCGAGCGGACAGUGAUAAAGUGAGCAUCAAAGGCUCACCGAAACAUGAGGUGGGUUAUCUGGAAGAGCUUGAUAAGAAGAUCAAGUUCGACCCGAAGAAGAUGAAUGACUACGAGCCGUAGCGAAGAGAAAUUUGAGGAAACAAUCCUCACGUAGCAAAAGGCGUUCGUUGAAUUAACAAGCUUCAAGUCUAAUAGUUACUUUGAUCUAAGUGCAAUGAAUGAAAGACACUCGAUACAACACCCCUCAUAGGUCACAUACCGGCUAAUCA